CCCGGCGCUGCGUUUGAAUUCGAGGAGGAGCGGAGCAGUGCCGAGUGUCUACCCAGGUCCGGCUAGGUCCGCUGAGCAACUCCGAGAGUAUGAGUGCGGCGGCGACCGCAGGGAAGCUGGCGCGGGCACCAGCCGAGGCGGGGAAGGCCGGAGCCCCGGGAGGAGCGGCUCCCCCGCCGGUGAAAGAGAUCCCGGAGGUCCUGGUGGACCCGCGCAGCCGGCGGCGCUAUCUGCGAGGUCGCUUCCUGGGCAAGGGAGGCUUUGCCAAGUGCUUCGAGAUCUCGGACACGGACACGAAGGAGGUGUUCGCGGGCAAGAUCGUGCCUAAGUCGCUGUUGCUCAAGCCGCACCAGAAGGAGAAGAUGUCCAUGGAGAUAUCUAUUCACCGCAGCCUCGCCCACCAGCACGUCGUGGGCUUCCACGGCUUUUUCGAGGACAACGACUUCGUGUUUGUGGUGCUGGAGCUCUGCCGCCGCAGGUCCCUCCUGGAGCUGCACAAGCGGAGGAAAGCCCUGACCGAACCUGAGGCCCGCUACUACCUGCGGCAAAUCGUCCUGGGCUGCCAGUACCUGCACCGAAACCGGGUCAUUCACCGGGACCUCAAGCUGGGCAACCUCUUUUUGAACGAAGAUCUGGAGGUGAAAAUAGGGGAUUUUGGACUGGCCACCAAAGUCGAGUAUGACGGGGAGCGGAAGAAGACCCUGUGUGGGACUCCUAAUUACAUUGCUCCUGAGGUGCUGAGCAAGAAGGGGCACAGUUUCGAGGUGGACGUGUGGUCCAUUGGGUGCAUUAUGUAUACCUUGUUGGUGGGCAAACCGCCUUUUGAGACUUCAUGCCUAAAAGAGACCUACCUCCGAAUCAAGAAGAAUGAAUACAGUAUUCCCAAGAACAUCAACCCCGUGGCCGCCUCCCUCAUCCAGAAAAUGCUGCAGACGGACCCUGCCGCCCGCCCCACCCUCAGCCAGCUGCUCCAGGACGAGUUCUUCACUUCUGGUUACAUCCCCGCCCGUCUGCCCAUCACCUGCCUCACCGUCCCCCCCAGGUUCUCAAUUGCUCCCAGCGGCCUGGAUCCUAGCAACCGGAAGCCUCUCACGGUCCUCAAUAAAGGCAUAGAGAACCCCCUUCCUGAGCGACCCCGGGAAAAAGAGGAACCAGUGGUUCAGGAGACGGCAGAGGCCAUCGACUGCCAUCUUGGGGACAUGCUGCAGCAGCUACACAGUGUCAAUGCCGCCAAGCCCUCAGAGCGGGGGCUGGUGAGGCAAGAGGAGGCCGAGGACCCCGCCUGCAUCCCCAUCUUCUGGAUCAGCAAGUGGGUGGACUAUUCAGACAAGUAUGGCCUCGGGUAUCAGCUGUGUGACAACAGUGUGGGGGUGCUCUUCAACGACUCAACCCGUCUCAUCCUCUACAACGACGGUGAGAGCCUGCAGUACAUUGAGCGUAACGGCACAGAGUCCUACCUCACCGUCAGUUCCCAUCCCAACUCCUUGAUGAAGAAGAUCACACUCCUGAAGUAUUUCCGGAAUUACAUGAGCGAACACUUAUUAAAAGCCGGUGCCAACAUAACUCCGCGGGAAGGUGAUGAACUGGCCCGGCUACCCUACCUGCGCACCUGGUUCCGCACCCGUAGCGCCAUCAUCCUGCACCUCAGCAAUGGCUGUGUGCAGAUCAACUUCUUCCAGGACCAUACCAAACUCAUCCUGUGCCCACUGAUGGCGGCCGUGACCUACAUCAACGAGAAGCGAGACUUCCGCACGUAUCGCUUGAGCCUCCUUGAGGAGCACGGCUGUUCCAAGGAGCUGGCCAGCCGGCUCCGCUACGCUCGCACCAUGGUGGACAAGCUGCUGAGCUCACGCUCCGCCAGCAACCGCCUCAAGGCCUCCUCAUAGCCCUCCCGCCCUUUGGACUGGUGCCCCUCUUUGCUCCCACCAGCACCUGGGGGCCUACACUGGUUAGCCCCUCCGUGUUGUUUUUCUUAAUGUGUCUCCCAGCCCUGGGGGCCGGGAAAAGAGCUACACCAUCCUUGUAGGUGGGGGUUACUAUGUAAGUUAUUUUUUCUUUUUUUUUACAUAUUCAGGUGUGGGUCCUAUAGCCCUUCCCCUUCCCUCUCAACCCCACCAUAUGAGUUGUACAGAUAAUUUCUAUUGGAUUUUGGACUGUUCUAUCCUUGGCUUUAAAUACAUUAAACAUAUAUGAAUCUUC